CCAGGCAGGGUGCUUCUGUAGAAAUCCUAUUGGCUCAUGUGAAGAAAACUGGAAAAGGAGAGACUUCCAUGGCUGGCCAGUCAUUUUCCCAUGUUGGUUCCAGCUGACUAUGAGCUGGAUCAGACACAUGAUAUUCCUGCCAGAGAUAUCGGGAUCCUGAUCUCAGUCAACGGCUUUGCAGAUUUUUGCAUUUUUAUAGUUUUUUUGCCUUCACUUCCAAAACCAUCUGAUGUGAGCAAGUAUUCCUUGGCACUUCAUAGUAAGCAUCAAGAUUUGGACAAUAGCCCGGGCUAUUUGGAAAAUGUCCAUCAGUGAUUUUGUUUUUGCUUCCUUCUUUGCUUCUUUAUUUAAUAAAAUGGGAGAUUUUGUUCUUCAUCCAGAUCUGAUGCAGCUUAUUUUUCAAGCCAAAGAACUAGAAUGAGAGACUUCCUAUAACUGAGUCAUGUUUCCAGUACAUAGUAAAGUUCUAUAAAUUUAUAUCAGAAUAAUUUUAAAGGCUGUUUAUUUUAAAAGCAACUGAUAAAUCAAUUUGUAGCUCUUCCUUGCCAUUCUAGAUUUACAAGUCAGCAAGCAACAUGAAAUCAACUAUUAUGCCAUAGAUUAAAUGAAAUUUCAAAUGACUUUAAUCUCCAAAAUGCAAGUGAACUUUUGGUAAUAAUUUUGUCACAAAUAAUAAAGAUUUGUAGAAUAUCACCGUCUUACAAGUUCUGUUGUGGACUAAUCUAUUAGAUGUUGAAAAGAGGCUUUUCCUCUUCUUUGAUUUCUACAAUGAAUUUUAAACAACCAAACAAAUACUAUUUAAUACAGUAUUUAUCCUCAAUUCCAUGUGAAUCAUUUUGUUGCUUUGGAUACUUUCGGAAAUUAAAUGAAUUAUCUAAAGAUUAAAUAAGAGAACAAUGAAAUCUUAGGCUCUGCAUAUAAAAACAUAAAUUGUAUUUAUUACAUGAAGCCAUAUUUUCUUCAACAUCAAAUACCCAGAAGAGAGACAUGGCUGGAGCAUCUCAAAUUUAUAUUUUCUUUGGUGCACCUAUCCUUUCAACUUCACUAAAGGCAGCUAAUGAAGAGAAUUUUUUAUCCGCCACCGCUGAACCAUGGAGAAAGCUCCAUCUUUCACUUACAAAAGACGCUUUUCAUGUUUGUACUAGAAAAUGCCAAAGUCCUAAGCAUACACAGUAUCCUACAACCAAUGAUGCUGUGUUGGCUUCCUACACAAAAAAUAAUUUCACAUCAGACUUUGGAGAGAAAUGUGAGCUCACUGGUGAUCUUUUGAUGAACCAAGUGAAUGAUGGUAUAAACAAUAAAACUAAGGAAGCAGAUGAGUCAGCUGGAAUUGUUUGUCGUAUCUGUGGCAAUACGAACACAGACAACCAUGUGAAGCCUCUUAGUUAUCAGCAGUUUCCCAAGAAUGGAAGAACAGACGAGCAACUUAUCAAACUAUCAGAAGAGACUGAGGGAGAUACCAAAUCUGUGCUACUUAACCACCUUCAUAUUUCUCCUUUAGUUUCCAGUACCCAAAAGAUUAGCAAAGGUGUGACAUCAGUAAGGGAGGAUGAUGACCUAGCACAUUUCCAGUGUGAUCACGAUGAGCUCUGUGACAUUUGUGGUCCCGAAAUAGCAAAAGGAUCAAAGAAACUGUUAGGUCCGCGUUCAACGCUUGCCUUAUCAACAAACACGGAAUUUCUUAGUAUUCUGACCUCAAGUCAAGUUGCUCUCCUUUCAGGACAGCCUUCUGUAGGACAAAAUGAAACGGAAAGUGAAUCUACAAAGCGUGAAGUGAUAGAAUUGGGUGGAUCUUUUAAGGUAGAUACCUUAAUCCAGUUAAAUGAGGACGUUGGCACAUGUUCUAAUGCGGCUGAGAGAAAUGUUGGCCAAGACUACAAAAGCUCUGCUGAACUCUUCAGUUCUGAUAUUACUUUAAAAGACAGCAGCCUGACAUAUUUGACAAGAGAAAAUAGCUUUCAGAAAAAUGCUGGUGUAUCUGUGGGCCUUUUGUGUUCUCCCAGUAACCGUGUUAAUAAUGAGAUAAACAUUCAGCAAUGGAAGAGUGGGAUUCUGUGUUCUCAAGGGGGCAAUUCACCAAAAGGGCCCGUCAAAAGAUCUCAAGCAUCUGAAGAUGCUUUUGCAAUUGCCGACCAGCAAGAGUCAAAGAAACCGAGGUUCAUUUAUUCUUCAGUCUUCCCUGUUCUACAAAUGGAGCAACUGAAAACAUCAUCAUUAAAGAAAGUUCAGAAGCAUCCAUCGUUGCUUAAAGACUGUCUCUGCAAAGACCAGAAGUAUAAUGUCUUAGUCACAGUCCUACACCCUUGCCAUAUCAAAGAAAUACAAAUCAAGUCAGGAACUAGAUUAUCCCCUAAAGUCCCCUUAGCUAUUAUUGUAGUAUUUGAUCAGUCAAAAAUCCAGCGGAAGGUUGUGUUGUGGAGAGCGGCAGCGUUCUGGUCACUUACAGUCUUUCCUGGAGAUAUCGUUCUUCUCACAGAUGUUGGUGUGUAUGCAGAUCGCUGGGCUGGGGAAAUAAUACUGCAAUCAACAUUUAGUAGUCAGUUACUGAAUCUUGGAAGCUGCUUAGCUGUUCAUCCAAAUGAAUUCUCCCAUGUAGUGGACAUUAAUAUUCUCCAGGAGUUACUGGCGUAUGUGUCUUCAAGACGUGCCUGGUUUCAAGCUCUUCCCCAAAGGGAGCCACAGACACUGAACAGCAUACAAAAUGUUCUACUAGAUCAACUCAAAGCUGAUAUGUUGGUGCACUCAGUUGUGAAAAUUGUCAGGAUCACUGUGCUAACAGAAUCUACAUAUAGUUACAGAGGAGAGAAACAAAAAAAAAUUGUUCUAACGGUGGAGCAAGUCAAAGAUCAGCACCAUUCCUUGGUGUUAUGGGGAGCUGCGGCCGCCUACUGUCCUCAGGUUCAAAGGAAAAAAGAUCACUUAUGGCAACUUAAGUACCUGUUUGCAAAACACAGUCCUGUCUCUGGUGUACUUGAACUGCACACAACCCCCUGGACAUCCUUUGAGUGUCUCUUUGACGAUGACAAAAGAGCUGUUGAGUUCAAAGAGAAGUUUGACAAGGCUGUCCGAUCACUGAUGAGAGUGACGGGACUUCCUGCACACCUGGAGGAGAAACGUUCUGGAGUAAUCCAAGUGAGAGCCCACAUCUCAGAGCUGAAAUUUACCAUUGCUUCCUCUCCAUGUGGACAGCUGGUCUUCGAUGCUCAUACUUCACUGCAGCACAUACAUGAUUCUCUUUCCCAGAUUACUUACACAGGCUGUGCAGUAUGUGGGACUGAACUACAAAUGGAUGGCAACAAGAUCUACAAACAGUGCUUGAGCUGUUUACCCUUGAACAAAAUGAAAAUGUUCUACAGACCUGCAUGGAUGAUUAUAGAGGAUGGGGGCUAUGAAGUCUGCGUGCGAGUGGUGUCAGAACUGAUGGAGAAAAUGUUCCUCAAUAUCCCAGUGGACUGGCUGAGCAAGACCGUAGAGCCUUUCUUGGAUACGACCUACAGCAUGAUUAUAGCAGACCUGUGCCAUUCCCUGGUCACAGACACUAAAGCAUCCUAUCUUUUGGAAAUGAGGAGUCAGUUUGUUCUGGACGAGAACAGCUGUGCGUUGGAGAAGAACUUCCAUCUGCUGGGCUUGCACAGCGAUCUCUCGGGCGAGAGCUCCUAAACGAGGCAGCUGCCUCCAAGAGGGAAAGAAAAGCCCCAGAACAUUUUUUGAAGAAAUGAAUUAAAUAGAACUUCUGUUUCCCUAGUGAGAUGCAUCAUGUCUUAGAGGUUUUAUAUUUUUAUUAGUGGCCUUUAUAGUAUUUAUGUAUAGUGAUUAUGGAAAAUCUCAGCAAGUAUUAAUAAAAUGAGUUUUUUUAA